AUGACUUCCCGACUGAAGCGAAAGCUUGGAGACCUUGGAGUCGACACAUCAAGCCGGAAAGCAAACGAGAACUUCUGUCUGAUUGGCACUCCUUUGCCGCCGCUUGAGAAAUCCAAGGACACCGGUGAAUUCGUUCCACUAUGGAAGCAAGAAGUUCGCGAUGAAAAGGGUCGAAGGAGGCUACAUGGUGCCUUUACUGGAGGUUUCUCAGCCGGAUACUUCAACACUGUUGGUUCGAAAGAAGGCUGGACACCCCAAUCGUUUGUCUCCUCACGAAAUGACAGAGCAAAGAAGAAAGAUAUGCGCGCCGAGGACUUCAUGGAUGAGGAGGACUUGCAGGAUAUCAAAGAUAGUCGAAAUCUAGUGGACACAACAGAACAGAUGGACUUUGGGGGUGGGACGACGACCGCAUUGCUUGGAACCGAAGUGGACGACGUUGAGAAAGACCCAAUUACACGUACCUUGGAAGCAUCUCUGCUCCCUGCUCCUAAGGACUCUGUCGGGGCCAAGAUACUGAAGAAAAUGGGCUGGCGAUUGGGACAGGGUAUUGGACCACGUAUCUCGUUGAAGCAACGUAAGGAGCAAGAUGCCCUGGCAUACGAACCAACGACAGGUUCGAAAUUAACGGUUGGAGCACUCGACAUCCCCGAGGACGAUGACGAGGCCGGCAAGCACACCUAUGCACCCCGUGAUACCCCCAUCCUGAUAGUAAAGAGGAAAGACAAUGCCCACGGUCUGGGCUAUAGGCCAGGUCUGACCCUCAAUGAAAGCUUAGGAGGCAAUGCGGGAGGCAGUCAAGGACCGCAGUUAGCAGGGGGAUUUGGGCUCGGAGCACUCAACGAUGCUGACGAAGAUGACUUGGAUGUGUACGACAAUACUCAGCAUGCACGUCGUCGUCUCGCAUACGACAGCCUUGAAGGGGAAGAUAGUGACAUGGUUGUCAUCGGAGGAAAGUCUGACCGAAGAACGGCCUCAAUGGUGCCAUCCACCUCCUCGCAGUACUUCCGCGAUGGACGGCCGGUCUUAGCUGGCUUCGUGCUCUCUGAUGAGCCCGUAGCCGAGGAUAGAUGGUUUCCCCUGCCUGAAAUUCCUCCAGAAUGGACGCCGAAUCCGAACAGGGUUUGGGAGAAGGAUAAGGAAAAUGCCCCAGUACAGCGUUCUCCGCCCGAGGCUUUGCCGCACGGCAAAUGGAAAAGAUCCAAUAUCUCAGCAGAUCAACGAGGAGCUAUGCUUGGCGAGACGCCGCUGCCUUCGGGGCCUCGGUCCAUUUUUGACUACAUGUCACAAAAGGAUAAGGAGAGAAUCCAACGCAUCGCGUCAAAUUUGGGUACAGGGACAGAUUCGACUUCAAGUGGUCAGGGACCGGGACCGUCGGUGCCUCACCCUUCUGUGUCAAUCGCGAAGCUUGAGCCGCACGUGGCCCAGGCGGCCUUGCGAGGGUUUCAGCCCUUCGCUGCCGAUCCCGCAAAGCAAGCAAGGUACACUGCAUAUCUACACUCCCAAGCUGAUUCAGACGGUUUUGCGCCGAUCAAGCCUGUCGAGGGCCAGAGUACGGACGACUUCAACAAGGAACUCGAGCACUACGCAAAAGCGGCAUCUCUUUUCAAGCCCAUGUCCGGGGCCAUGGCGGGCCGAUUUACCAGUGCCGCUGUCGUUGAAUUCGGACCAAAGGUGCAGGAGGGUUUGUAUACCCCUUCUCAGGAGGAGCUUGCUGCGAAAGAGGCUCAAAGGAAGAAGGAAGAAGAAGAGAAGGUCACCCCGAAAGCACAUGCAGCAAAAAUGGGCAUGUACGGCCCUAUGACACGAGAAACCAAACCAUGGCAGCCAGUAAAAUUGCUCUGCAAGCGCUUCGGUGUCAAAGACCCAGACAUUACGCCGGAGAUCCCCACCGAGGCAGAGGUAGCAAGCUUUGGCAGUCAACCCGGCCCCUCCUUCAGUCACGGUCAAGCCGAAACAGGAGCUUCUACUUCAACAGGCAGGGAUGUUACUGUUCCUGUACAAACGAGGAAUAGCCCAAGGGAUCUCGCCAAUAUUGGGCUCGGAGAUGACGAGACCCAGGGACAGGAUACACUAACGUAUCAAAGACCAUCAAUGGAUAUCUUCAAGGCUAUUUUUGCCAGCGAUGAUGAGGAUUCAGACGACGAAGAAACCGAGAAGAAUGCAGAAGAUGAACAUGCUGCAGACACGUUUAAGCCGACAUUCAUUCCGCGCGAGGGUAAAUCGAAGAAGUCGAAAGACGAAGAUCGUUCAAAGGAAAAGAAGGAAAAGAAGAAGAAAGGGAAGAAGGGCGUGCUCGUGUCGUUUGAGGUGGAAGAGGAGGGUGGUGAUGGCGUUGAGCUGAAGCAGCCCAAGGAUCGGCCCAAGAAGAAAAGGAAGGGGAAGGAAGGAGGCAGCGAUGGCAAGGAUCAGGGCAUGUGGACCGAUAAACCUCCUCCUGAUGUCCCAACUGUCGUCCCUUCUUCACCGGCGUCGACGGACGUUGUUACAGACGCACCUUCGAGAGGUCGGAAGCGGGCCAUUGACUUUAUGUAA